AUGACCCGCCAGUCUAGUAUCGACCUCGCCUCGCCCGACCGGCCCUUUGACAACAUCAUCAACUUCCGCGACGUUGGUCGGUCGGUUAAUCAAUUCUGCGGCGCGCAGAUCUUGCAAGAAAGUGUUCUCUUCCGCAGUGCCAGGCUCGACGAUGCCUCGGAGCGAGAUACGCGACGCCUCACUGAGGAGCUGCACAUCUCUACGGUGAUUGAUUUGCGAUCUCAGACCGAGCACCAAAUGGCUACCCGCAAACGCCGUGCAGAGAAUGCUUCAUCAGAUGAUGAUUUCCCGGAGAAGCCUGUUACUCCCGGGGCAGACGAGCAUAUCUUGUCGAUCCCUGGAGCCCAGUGCACCCGGAUUAGUCUUACGGGCAAAGGGUUUGAACGGGCAUUGUUGUGGAGGCUAGACUGGGUGAAUUAUUUCAAAGUCCUCGGCCUUGCAGUAACAGGGUACCGCCCCGACGCAGUACGCCUCAUCGGCGAGCAAGUCAUGCAGCCACGCGGCCUCACAGGGCUCGCCCAGGACACGCUGGACGCCAGCACCAGCGAGCUGCGCACGGUGUUUGAGCUGCUCGCCCGCGACGAUACCUACCCGGCCCUGGUGCACUGCACGCAGGGCAAGGACCGCACGGGCCUGGUGGUGCUGAUGCUGCUGCUGCUGGCGGGCGAGUCGGUGCCCGAGGCCGCCAUGACCGACGACUAUGUGCGCUCGGAACUGGAGCUCGUCCCCGAGUUUGAGGAGCGCAUGCGUGAGAUUCGUGCCCUGGGUCUCGGCGAGGACUACACGCGCUGUCCGCCGGGCUUUGUCGCUGCCACCACCCGGUAUCUUGCUGAUCGCUAUGGCGGCGUGCGCGAGUAUCUCGCUGGGAUUGGGGUCCCGUCGGAGAUGCAGGAGCGUAUUCGGCGCAAGUUGCUGGUGUAA